AGGCGCUCCAGUUCCGGGUCAGGCCCUUCUCCCACCUCCCUCGGCCUCCGCCAUGGCGAGUAGUGGCGGCGCCGGGGCAGCGACGGCGGCGGCGAAUCUGAACGCGGUCAGGGAGACCAUGGACGUUCUGCUUGAGAUUUCAAGAAUUUUGAAUACUGGCUUAGAUAUGGAAACUCUCUCUAUUUGCGUACGGCUUUGUGAACAAGGAAUUAACCCAGAAGCUUUAUCGUCAGUUAUUAAGGAACUUCGCAAGGCCACUGAAGCACUAAAGGCUGCUGAAAAUAUGACAACCUGACUUUCUGGAGAAAUCCUGAUGAGAUAUGUCAAGCUCUGCAAGAAGAUUUGAAGAUUGCAUUUUAGUCAAGAAUGUACAGUGAAACUACUGCAUGCAGCAGUGUAGAAACAUUUUCCUUUUUAAAAGAAUUAUAAAACCAUAGCUUUAUAAAUCAGUGGAAAGUGGCUUACAGAGAGAACCAUCAGAUGUGUUUAUGUCACAUCUUUUUUUUAACAGCUCUUAUGCUUUGACAUUGCUCUGUUCGUAUUUAUGUAUUCCUUACUUAGAGCUCUGAUAGCUUUAAUUUUCUAAGCAGCCUGUCCAUCAGUUCUGCACAUCUGCUGUGCCUGGUUGAAGUAUAGUGGAACCCAUCAGUAGUAAUGCGGUAGUUAUGACUUGUUGACAUCUCCAUUAUAAACUUUAAUUUUGAAUUGUUUAUGCAUAAUAACUGGAUUUAUUUUGUUUUGGGCUGAAAGUUGACAGAAUUUCAGCCACCAUUUGUGAAUUUUGGUUUAGAUUCAUUAUAUCAGAAUCUUGUUUUUUGUAAGAGUACAGAAAACUUUUGUUGUAAUCUGCUCUUAACAAAGAAUAUUUAGUUUUUUAAACACAAAGUUUGACUGGCAGUUAAUAGGGUGAACCAGAUCAUUUUUGUAUUGAUUGAAAAAUAAAACUUUAAGAAAUUUAGAUUUUAAAAGUAAUGACAGUGCUUAUUAGCUUAGUAUUUAUCAUUUGAGUCAUUUAAAUUUAAUGAGAAUAUUAAUUGACAAUAUUUUUCUUUCUAAGUUUUAUACUCUGUGAAUGAUGGCCUAAAAAAAAUACAUAAAAUGAAAUAUUUCCAACAUGCAAAAUUCCUUUUUUACUUUUAUUACAUAAAAAUAAUUUGAGUGCUUACCUAACACAUCUUGAGUGCUUAUCUAAUAAAUCACUGAAUAGGAGGUGUCUUUCAACAAGUUUAUUAAUAUUUUCUAAAGUAAUAAAGAUUUCCAGUCAUUAAACAAAAAUAAUCAAAUGUUCUGUAUCAGGAAUUAUAACUAUACCUUUCUGAGAUAAUUUUUGUGUGUCAUUAUUUUUACCCUGAAAGUUUUAACUAACUAAAGUGAUGAUUCAAAAUAAAUUUUAGAAAAUUGAGGAUAGUAUUGAUUCUGUUCCUGUAACACACUCUCAAUGGAAUAUUUUUUUCCAACACUAAUACCGAUUUAAUCUGGUUUUGUUUCUUAAGAAAUUUUAGAAUUUGUUAGCUUCCAUUUAAAUGAUAGUACAAGCAUUCACUCUUGAGCAGCAUUUUCUGUUAGCACACAAACUAAAGUGGUUUUAAGGCUUAGUAAUGGUGAAAUGGCAACCUUCUGUACUGCUGUAUUUAAAAAUCGAGUCUUUUGACUAUUUUGACUUUCAAAUGCAUGGCAAGGGCACUGGAAGGUUUAUUAUUGGCAGAAUUGGUUGGGAGAGAGUAGCAACUUAUGGUAAGUUAUUUGUUUGAUAAUAAACACUGAAAAAACUGCAUAUUAUUAUUUAUAAAAUCGUAAAGAGAACACUUUUGGCACGCUCCAAAGUUUGUAUUUACUUUUAGGCCAUAAGAGUUAAUAGUUUUAUUUAUGACUUUGUAGAUUAAGUUAUUUAUGUAUGAAACAAAGCAGGAAAAUAUAUUGAGAAGGAGUUAUGUUUACAGAGGACUUCUUUAAUGUGUUACAUUUCUGAAAUGUAAACCUAUAUUUUUAAUGCAUACUUAAGUAAUACUUAAAGCAAACAAAGUAGUGAUAAAAUUGCAGUGUUGUGCAUGUUGUCAAUGACAAAUAAAACCAUUUUGGUGAUAU